CCCUCUUUUAAUUCACGAACAAUUGGGCUGCUGGCUUUGAGAGAAAAAAGCUUCUCUUUUUUCCUUCUUUUUUAAUUUGAUCUUCAAUUCCAUUCAUGAUCAAAUAUAAGCACAGCAGAAAUCGAAUCACGGAGGAGGACCAUCAUCGUCCUUCAUGAACCCGAUCUCACCAGAACGCUCUCUUCCUCUCUCUUCUUGAAAGCCUUACCAAUCCGACAUGUCCAUACACUAGAUUUCAACUUCGAGCUCUACUCUCUUUUUCUCCCCGUGCGAUUCCCGUAAGGUACUCCUUUGAUCUUACUCUGAUGUCGGCUUUGGUUUGUUGAUCGGGGUCUGUUUGGUUGCUGGGAAACUCGAGGAAAGGGGGAAGAGGAGAGAGGUUUUGGGAAAGCCGUUUCGGCUGAGUUGAAUACUUGUGGUGGGGACUGGUUGGUUUGAAGCAAUUGGAAUUCUGAGAUUUUGAGUUUGGGUUUCUUUUCUCUGCAACCAAAUAGGAACAUUUUUGAAGUAUUUUUAAAAUUUUUCUUGGUAAUCAGGCUUGAGAUUUCUUUGAUUUUAGCUACAAGUUUCACUUCUGGGGUUUUGGUAUUAUUAUUAUUUUUGAUUAUUUUGUGAUGGAAUUUUCUGAUAUGGGUUGAAGGGGUAAUGUUUAGCGGGUAAUUGGAAGUACUUUUCGUGGCCUUAAGAGCAAAAAUUAAAGCAAUUUUCAUUUUUCCGUUUCCUUUCCCAAAGUCAGUAAAGUAUGUUGGAAAAGCAAAUGGAAGGGGAAAUCAUUUGGGAGAGGAACGUUGAGUUAGAGGGUUCUUUGAUGGGUUGAGGUAAAAUUUCAUUGUUUAUUGUUCUGUAAACUGUGAUUAUUUGUGUUUUUAUGACGUGUAGGAUAGUGGAUAUUUCGUGUCUGUACAAAAAAGUUACUUGGCAGUUUUAUUUGGGGUUUUGAGAGUAUUGAUACUGGGAAUCAUUGAUAAGUUUACUAAUUGUUUUUCAGUUCUAACAGGAGCAUUAUAAAUGGAAUUCAAGGCUCAGUGAACAAUUUAUACUGUCUCCUGUUUCCAAGCUAUAAGUUGAAUUUUGUGUCAGAAUUAUGUAUUCUAGAUUAGUUUGAGGCUAUAGUGUGUUGUAAGGGUGGAUUUGAUUUGUGAUCUUUUCUGUUUAAUUAAUCUCUAUUUGGAUGCAGAGAGGAUGUAUGAAACAGAAGAAAUUAAAAUCUUGAAUUUUUUGUUUGUGUUUAGCUGAGUUCCCAAUUAAUGGAAAAAUAAAGAUUCAAAAUUUUAAUUUGUUUUCUUUUCCCAUAUUUUCUCAAACCAAGGUGGAGGUUUAAUGUUUCAUGGUCGAUUCGAUUAUUUAAUCCGAGUAAGUUGUGGUGCGUUUGUGCCAACAGAGUGGAUAAUUUUGGGGUGUGGUUAAGAUUGUCAUGCUGAAUGUUGCUACCGGUCGGUGGAUUGGGGAUGAAUUCCACCAUGGAUGACAUGAACUUGAUCCAGCAAAGGCAUCACUUGGUGGUUAGGGAGCUUGGAGAAGAGAUUGAUUUGGAAAUUGGGCCUGGGGAUGAUGAUCCAUCAUUUGCAAAUACUCCUCUCAUUGGUGGCCCUCCACGGGAACCUUCUGCUGAAGAGCAUGAUGAGAGCAAGCAGGUUGUAAUGGUAUCUCAACUCUCAAGUGAAGACCAGGAUGCGUCGAAGAUGCAACCAGUGAAAAGGAAGAAGAAGGUGGUGAAAAGAUGGAGAGAGGAAUGGGCUGAUACAUACAAGUGGGCAUAUGUUGAUGUGAAAGAAGGGACAGCGAGGAUAUUUUGCUCUGUUUGCCGAGAGUAUGGUAGGAAGCAUAGAAGAAACCCAUAUGGAAAUGAGGGCAGUAGGAAUAUGCAAAUGAGUGCACUAGAAGAACACAAUAAUAGUUUGCUUCACAAAGAGGCUCUUCGGCUCCAAAUGGCAUCCAAGGAUAAGAUCAUUGUUGACAAGCCUAUAUAUGUAAAAGCUCUUAUGUCAAAAACAGCUGGAUCAAUUGUUGAAGCUGCAUUAAAAAGGGAUCCUCAUGAGGUCGAGUUCAUACAGUCAGUGCAAGAAGCAGUUCAUGCUUUAGAAAGAGUGAUUGCGAAAAAUUCUCAUUAUGUCAACAUCAUGGAGCGUUUGUUAGAACCUGAGCGCAUGAUUCUUUUCCGAGUUCCAUGGGUUGAUGACAGGGGUGAGACACAUGUCAAUCGAGGUUUCCGCGUUCAAUUUAACCAGACAUUGGGUCCUUGUAGGGGUGGUAUUCGUUUUCAUUCAUCAAUGAACUUAAGUAUUGCCAAGUUUCUCGGUUUUGAACAGACUCUAAAGAAUGCCUUGUCACCAUACAAACUAGGAGGGGCAGCAGGUGGAAGUGAUUUUGAUCCGAAAGGAAAAAGUGAUAACGAGAUCAUGCGCUUUUGCCAGAGUUUUAUGAAUGAGCUAUAUCGUUAUUUGGGACCAGACCAGGAUCUUCCUUCAGAGGAGAUGGGUGUUGGUCCUCGAGAAAUGGGUUAUCUCUUUGGACAAUAUAGACGCCUAGCAGGUCAUUUUCAGGGCCAAGGAUAUUUUGGUCUGGCUCUAGCCUCCGAACUGAAGCUACUGGCUAUGGACUGGUUUUUUUUCGCCCAACUUAUGCUUGCGGACAUGAAUAAAGAACUCAAGGGAUUAAGAUGCGUGGUAAGUGGUUCUGGAAAGAUUGCAUUGCAUGUUACAGAGAAGCUUCUUGCAUAUGGUGCUCUUCCUAUCACGGUAUCAGAUUCAAAGGGUUAUUUGGUGGAUGAGGAUGGAUUUGAUUACAUGAAAAUAUCAUUUUUGAGAGAGAUCAAAAGUCAACAAAGAAGUUUGAGAGACUAUUCAAAAACUUAUGCUCGAUCUAAGUACUAUGAUGAAGCAAAACCUUGGAGUGAAAGGUGUGAUGUUGCAUUUCCUUGUGCUUCUCAGAAUGAAAUCGACCAAUCUGAUGCCAUAAAUUUGGUAAAUUCAGGUUGCCGGAUACUAAUAGAAGGUUCAAACAUGCCCUGUACCCCUGAAGCAGUUGAUGUUUUGAGAAAAGCGAAUGUUCUCAUUGCUCCAGCAAUGGCUGCUGGUGCUGGAGGGGUUGCUGCUGGAGAACUUGAACUAAACCAUGAGUGUAAUUUGAUGCACUGGUCCCCUGAGGACUUUGAAUCUAAAUUACAGGAAGCUAUGAAGCAGACGUACCAGAGAGCUCUCAAAGCAGCAGCUGAUUUUGGUUAUCAAAAAGAGAGUCCUGAGGCUUUGGUGCAUGGAGCAGCCAUCUCUGCUUUUCUGACUAUCGCUCAAGGAAUGACCGAUCAGGGAUGUGUAUAGGAUAUGGAUAUUGAGGAGGAGGUCAUUUGCAUGCUCCUCAUGACUUUCCAGAUUAAACACCUGGAGCCAUUCACCCAUCGGCAGCUGCUAAUCCUGGUGUACUGUCAUGUGGGUAUUAAAGAUGCCAUAAGCAGAUACGACCAAGUAUUGGAAUAUGACCGGAGAUAACUUCAUGUAACAUAUGUAAUGUUAUAGCUAAGGCUUGAAAUAGGAUAAUCCAUGAGGAUUGAUUGGAAAGAUAUAACUAUGAAGAUGUUAAUGUAGUGGAAUAGGAAGGCCCCUGUGCCUUUAGGAUGUAUGAAAUAUUAGCAACCCAUUUGAGAUGUCCAGAUGCUUAUUACAACCUUGUGAAAAAGCUGGAUCAUGGGUUUGGAAAUAAAAUUUUAUUCUUUUGUGAA